AUGGCAGCAUGGAAUACAGGACAAUUAGGACAUGAUUUAUUGGCAAAAGAACAAGAGAAGCUGCUUAAUCCAAUCCAAGUAGCACCACUUAAUAAGGAACAGAACUUGAAGGAAAUUGUAAGAAAAUAUCAGGAAAGUCAAUGUUACAAUUAUUCUGUAUUUCUGGGUGAAUUAGGACAGCUUGGUUAUUGUACGCUGCCUAUAGAAAUGCCGAUAAUCCUAGAAAUUGUACCAAAAACACAAGCAAACGAUAGAGCAUGUGAGACUUAUGCUGAACAUAGACAACGAAAUAAGCGAGAAAAUAACACAAUUGAGUACGAAAAUGGAAAUGCCAAUAAGAGAUUCAAGGAUGAUGACGGAUGGGGUGAUGAAUCAGGCACUGUACCAACAAAAUCAGGCUGGGGAGAAGAAGACAGUGGCAAAACUUCCAAUAAUAAUAAGCCAAAUCAAACCCAAUCAACUUGGGAUGACGACGAUAGUAAAGUCAAGCGAUAUCGUAGCAAAAGCGAUAAUCGUAAGAGCUUUAAUCCUUCAAAUCGUAUGCAAACAGGCUGGUCUGAUGAAGAAAAUGAUCAAUCGAAAAAUAAUAAUAGAUUUGGUGAUAAUCGCGGCUAUAAUGACAGAUUUAAUGGCAAUAAUGAUCAAGGCUUUGAAAGACGUGUAGGAGGGAAUAAUGAUCGAGGCUUUCGUGGACGUGGUAGAGGAAGAGGCCGUGGUGGACAAUGGAAUAGAAAUGACAAUAAUGACCGAUACAAUAAUAAUAACAGCAAAAAUAAUGAAACUGCAGCUGCAAGUGGCUGGUCAGAUGAUGAAAGCAAGUCAAAACCUGAUAAUAAGAACAAGACAAAAAUUGAUCCUAUUGAUGAUUGGGACAAUGCUGAACCAACUAUAAAGCAGAAUUCAGUUCCUGACCAGAGUUUAACAACAAAUCCAAAUGCAACGUCAAAAGUUGCUGAUGAUGGAUGGGACGACAAGUGA